CGGUAAAGGAGAAGCUGGUCAGUAGGAUUUGCCGAGCACCGGCGGUGGCACUGCGAGUCGCGAUACCGGACCAUCCACAUCUCCCCCCGACCCGCGACCGACCGACGACUCGUAUAAGAAAACGAGAAAAGAGAUAAUAAAACUGACCAUGUGAAUUAAAUAGCUAAGAGCGAAUUAAGAGCGAAUUAAGAGCGAAUUAAAAGUGAACUAAGAGCGAUCUAAGAGCGAGUCGAAUGGCCGGCAUCUAAAAAUAGUAGGUUUCCUGACUUAAAGUGAGAUACCCAGAAUUUAUAUAAGUAAUAUUUAAUUCUAAUUAAUAAUACGCCAAGAGAGAUAGGAAUAUCGAGAUAGGACCGCGAGGGCGAGGUGAAGUGACCCGAUCGAGGCAUAGGCGGUGUACGAAGGAGUACGUCGAGAGGUAAUUAAGACUACCAUGGCAAAAGGGAAAAGCAAAACGCCGCCCUCGAAGAGCGUGAUGGCCACGACGAGUUCCACGGUGACGAGUACCCAGGAGUCGACGGAGACGGUGUCGAGUGUCGUGGCCGAGGCGAGGAGCGUGGAGAAAAGCGAGAGCAAGAGCAGCGUCGUCGAGGUGACGAGAGGCUCCCGGGAAGUGAUCACGGACGCAAAAGGUAACGUCAUCAGGGUGAUCGAGCACGCCCCGAAGACGACGAAGCACGAGACGAAAAGUUCGAGGAUGGGAAAGGCCUCGGAGGAGUUGAUCGCCGCCGAGCAGUCGCAGACCCUGUGGCAAAGCGGGACCGGAAGUGGGAAGAAGGCCUCCAGAGCCAUAGAGAAUGGGAAGUCAACGGAGAGAAAAGAGACGCUGGAAGACGCCAAGUCGAGGGUUCCCAGCAAAGGGCGAGAAAAUAAGAAAAUCGCGACCCAGGAAGGCACCUCCAGCGAGACGUGGACGGAGAGCUUUUCCCACUCGGAGAGCGUCCUGGAAGAGAGCAGCUCCUCCACUAUGGAGACGUCCAGCAACGUCGUCACCGGGAGUGGCCAUUCCCAGGAACGGAUCACAGGAAAAUCCGUCCCAGACGUGCAGACGUCGUUCAAGUCGGUCGAGAACGUACACUCGAGUGUCGUCAUGAGCGAGGGCGAGACCAAGGAUGGCCAAACGGUGACCAGCACAACCAGGGUGGAGGAGUCCGGGCAGAAGCUGAACGACGACGGAAGGAUUACGACCUCUCAGGGUCGCACGGUAGACGGAGAGAUCACGGUCACGCCAAGUGAUGGUCGGCAUAAAAUCAAGGGAGUCACAGGGAAGGAAGCGGCGAGCUCAGAGGAUGAUCGGUUGAGACACUCGAGGGUGAGUCAGGAUGCCAAAAGUAAAACUUCCCUGGCGGAAGACUCGAUGGAAAGCACCCUGAAGAGGUCUACGAUGGAGAGCCUGGAGAAGAGCGAUACGGAAAGGGCGAGAACCGACUCCACAAGGAACGUCAAACUGGGUCAGUCGACCUGGGACGGUAAGUUCGUUUUCGAGAUGCCUUCUUCACCGGGAGAUAAAAAAUCCAAUGAGGCCAAGGCGCACCCUCGACCUAGUGGAGAUUCCUCACCGGAGGGACGUGGAGGCGUGAUUAAAGAUCGGCGCGAUGAAGGGGCGACCUGGAGAACCGAACAGGAGAGGUCCAGCACCGACGAGCACAGAUCGAGCACCUCGACGAUGAUUCAAGGCUCCACUCGAGAGACCAGAUCCUCCACCGUGAUUAGCCAAGAGGAGUCGAGUACGGAGGACAUCCGCACGCGUAUAGAUCAUGGCGAGAAUGAAGGGAGAAAGGAUCAAGAGGGAUCGAAAACACGUCCUUCGAGGCCAGGGGAUUCUACAUGGGACGGAAGGUUCGUCGUAGAAAAGUCCACGGAUCGGAAGAGGAACGUCUCCGACUCCGUCUUCCAUCAGCCUGGGUACAAGGACGUCCUGGAGUCGACGCAGCGUGCGGAUUUCAAGGAGAGAAGCAAGGAUGGGUCCUAUGAGAAGGAGUCCUCCAGCGUAACACGCACGGCCAAGGGAGCAACGGACUCCUCCUCGUUCAUUGCCGAAGAGCGCCAGGAAGUCAACAGGGAGAGUUACGUGAAGAAGUCCGAGGAAGAACCUCGCACGGGCAGGACCUCCCCGGAUAAAAAGGUGCAUAGGCUAGGAGACUCUUCGUGGAAUGGGCAGUUCGUUUCAGAGAAGCCUAGAGAGGGAGCGAGGAAGAGCAAGGGCGAUGCAACGGUGGUCAGGACCAGUCAAAAGAGGCAGGAUAGCGUCGAGGUCCAGGACAUUACGGAGGACCAGCAGAACGUGUCCGAGUCCGUCACUUCGUCGUACAUCGUGGAGUACUCUGGAAGUAGCGAUAAGAGGAACGUCGAGAAAGUUAGCGCGGUGUCGGAGGCGAUCCUGGAGGAAGAUGGUGACAGGACGUCACCAGGACCUAGGAGUCCUGGGAGGUCCGUCAGGGACGAGGUCACCAGGAUCAACAAGAUGGGCGACUCGGCGUGGGAUGGCAAAUUCGUCUACGAGAAACCUCAAACGACGUCGACGAGCGACCGUCGACGAACGAACGACUCUGCGACCAGACGGAGGAUCGACUUCGUGGACAUCAAGGAUGUCACGGAGGAUAAUUCGAUAAACGAGGCCGAUAUCGUCACGACGUCGUACGUUGUCGAGCACUCUGCCAGCCAGCAGAGCAUCGACGCGAAGGACCUCAGUAUCACGUCGGUGACAUCUGAGGUCAUUUCUUAUGGUGAUAAGGACGGUGGUAUCAGGCGACAUGAAAUUCCAGGGAACCAGUCUGAUCGCCCAGGGCGAGGACCGGAAAUUCCGGACAAGGUUCCAAAGGACAAAGACGUCAGGACCACCAAACCGGGAUCGUCCACCUGGGAUGGACGGUUCGUCACCGAGAAAACUCUGGAUAUUAAAUUCCCCGACAAGGAAACUGGGAAAUUUAGUGAUACCGCGGCUCCAGGAAGGAGUCCCAGAAGGAACAUCAGCGAGACCACGCUGGACCUGCGCGAAUAUGAUGGAAACGUCUCCAAAGUUUCCGAGGUGACCACCGAUUCCUUGAUCGUGGAGCAGUCGGCUGCUGUGGAGAGUUACUCGGAUUCGAGUAACGUUGACUUUUCCACAACGUCGGUGGAGACGGUUAUCAUCCGAGAUGGGCAACCGAGCAGCACUGGAGGGACCAAGGUGGCAAAGGACCUGGAUAGGUCUUCGAAACCCGAAGCCAGAAGUCCCCGGAAGGCAGAGGACGUUCGUCCUGCGAAACUCGGCGCGUCCACGUGGGAUGGGUCUUUCAUCGAUAAGACGAAGGAGCUGGAGAAGGGACCAUCGACGGAUGACAAGAAACGUCCCGCGGACGGCAGGUCUCCCAGGGAGAAAAAACCUCAACCCGAUGCAAAGCCUGAUAAAAUUGUCAGACACCCUGAAGACAAAAGUAUAUCCGAUGUUCGCGACGCAUCGUUCACCGAGGUCGUGGACCGGAACAUCGUGGACACUUCCGAAUUUUCGAACACUUUCGUCGUGGAGCAGUCGUCUUCCAUGGUCAGUUCGAAGACCUUCGACUCGUCCAGUACCUCCAGCACAAUCGUAGAUCUCCCAGCAGCUGGGAUGCCCAGUGAGAAAUCGGCACCUCGUGGAAGGCCAAAACCUGAAGAGUCCCCACAUGGUCGAUCUCAGAGUCCAGAUAAGUCAUCGGCUGAUAGAUCGGUUCGCCCCACGAAACCCGGGUCCUCCACCUGGGAUGGAUCGUUCGUCUACGAGAAACAAAGUAAACCGAGGAAACCCGAAGACCAAGGGCAACCUAGAGAUGGAAGGGACCAUCCCGUGAACGGCGAACAUCCAACCGUUAGGAAAGGUCAACCAGUCGGUACAAACAAGAUUCCAACCGAUGCCAUUGAUAUCACUGACGUCAAGACCUCCAAAGUCAUUGACAUCUCCCAAAGCGCGACGGAGACGACCCAGGUGGAGAACAGCACCUACACCGUGGAGCAGUCUUCAACGACCGGUUCGAAGACGUUCGACUCGUCCAGUAUUUCCAAAACGAUCCUGCAAGAAGUUCCGGAUUCCAGAAAGCCCACCGAAAAAGUCCCAAAGACGUAUUCUGAGAAGACGUUACCAAUUAGGGGGCCUCAAAGGACCGUCGACGCCGAGUCUCCUCGAGGUCCUUUGGGUCCUUCCUCAGGUCCUUCAGGUCCGGAAAAGUCACCGACAGACAGGUCGGCGCGACCCGACAAGCCUGGCUCGUCCACGUGGGACGGAUCCUUCGUUUACGAGAAACCUCAAGGUACCCCGAAAAAACCCGAAGGACCCAGGAAGUCGUCGCCCGGAAGAGCACCCGUUAAGCAAGACAAACGACCCGACGUCACAGACCUGCGGACAUCAACUCCAAAGAGACCCGGCCCUGGGGCUCCUUCGACAACCACGGUGGACGUCGUGGACAUCCGUGACGUAACUGAUGUCACCAACGUCACCAACGUCACCAACGUCGUCAACGUCACCGACGUCUCCCACACAUCUGAGGUCGUGCAGUCUUCGUACGUGGUCGACCAUUCAGCCAGUUUCACAUCCGUCAAGGAUGUCCACGACGUAGAGGAACGGUUCUACGACUACAAGGACACGCGACAUGACUCGAGAGAUGUCAAUGACUCGACGACGGAGUUCAUCAACAGGGAACAGGUGACUAGUAUGGUGGCACGGGAUGUCGUCGACGACACCCGGUUCGAAAAGAUCACCGUUGGCCCGGGGACACCUGAUGACUUCCCGAAAAAGGUGUCCCCGGACAAGCCUGGAUAUCCGAAAGGAAUCUCCGGCCUCAGAGAGGACGACAAACCGAGGCCUAUCCCUGCUGCUGGGAAACCAAGUCGUCCUCCACAACGCGAGGACACCCAGCACCGUCCCGAAGACACCCAAGGACCUAGAAGACCCUCCGAUGGCAGACCAGGUUCUCCAGGAAAAUCUCGCGACAACGUGUCACCUGCGAAGCCGGUGCUUGCCGCAGGGAAGCCUAGUCGACCCGAGGAAAGAUUCACUCCUGGAAAACCGAGUCGACCGGAGGAACCUGCCGGGAAAACUGGUCGACCUAUGGACAAACCAAAACGAGGUGACCAGUCUCCGGAUUCGCUGGAUGGCGAGGAUAUCCGCCCGAGAACCGUCAUUCCUGAUGACAUCCUCUCAAAGAUACCCCUGAAGGAGCAGUGCAUCUGCGAGCUCUGCACCUGCGGGCGCCAUCGAUGCCCUCACAAUUUCCCGGAGGAGCAUUUGGAGAUCCCCCACGAGCCUGUGCAUGCGGUAACGUCUUACAGACAAGAGUAUGACGAGAAACAUGUCGAUCGACAAGUCGCCUACCAUCGGGAAGACCAUUUGCAUAUGGAAGGUGAAUUCACCGGGCAGCGUCGUACGGACUAUGUGGCGACCCGAGGGGAGCGACUUCCGGUCAGGAAGCCGGAAGACAACCUCAAACCGGAAGGGGAGUUCGCCAAAAGGCCGAAGGAAGAGGCACCAAAGGGUGAGAGAGCACCAGUCAAAAGACCGCAGGAUAACUUAAAACCUGAGGGAGACUUCAUCGGGAGGCCGAAAGAAGAAGCGCCGACCAGAGGAGAACGUGCACCUGUGAAGAAGCCUCGGGACAAUUUGAGACCGGAGGGAGAUUUCGACAGUGUGACCACGACGGAGCUGGUCUUCACCGGGGUUCCCGGAGAACGACCUAGUCCUGUACGUCGCAAUACCUACACGAAGAUCGAGGGUGAAUUCAUCGACGAGACCACCUCCAGGUCCGAAUUUAUAGAUCAUCGUAGCACGCAGAGAGCGGAGAUCAUCAGGAGAAGUGACAACCUCACCGUAGGAGAGGGCAAAUUUACGGGCACCUCCCAUAUCAAGGAGGACUUCCAUAGUUAUGAUGUCGUUCCAAAGGAACAUCCACGUCGACCCGUCACCACCACGAAUGACGUUGAUCGGUAUUAUGGCAGGACUGACGUUGUCGAAAACCUCACGACGAGCCAUGAAGAGUACAAAAGCUUUGAUCAGACUGAUUAUAGGAGCACGACGGUCAUCAGGAAGGAUGAUAACCUGAGACCAGAGGGCAUCUUCGAAGGGACUCCGAAGUCGAGGGAAGAUUAUGUGCCCAUGAUAACGGAGAGGCCAGAGGCCAAGAGACCGAAGGAUAAUCUCCGACCGGAAGGUCCAUUCGAAGGGAGACCCAAGGACGAUUUUAUGCCGAAACUUGCGGAACGCCCUGAAGUCAGGAAACCGCAGGAUAAUCUGAGACCCGAAGGUCCUUUCGAAGGUAGACCCAAGGAUGACUAUACGCCGAAACGCUCUGAACGUCCUGAAAUGAAGAGACCUCAGGACAAUUUGAGGCCUGAAGGUCCUUUCGAAGGUAGACCUAAGGACGACUAUAAACCUACUCGUGGGGAUCGAGCGGAUGUAAGGAAGCCGGAGGAUAAUUUAAGACCCGAAGGUCCUUUCGAAGGACGUCCUAAGGAUGACUAUACGCCGAAACGCGCUGAACGUCCUGAAAUGAAGAGACCUCAGGACAAUUUGAGGCCUGAAGGUCUUUUCGAAGGUAGACCUAAGGACGACUAUAAACCUACUCGUGGGGAUCGAGCGGAUGUAAGGAAGCCGGAGGAUAAUUUAAGACCCGAAGGUCCUUUCGAAGGACGACCUCGAGAUGAAUACACUCCGGGAGAAAAGCGACAACCCAUCAGACACAGUGAUAACCUUUAUCCCGAAGGAGAAUUUGAGCGACCCGAGCAGAUACCUUAUGGUCCUGGCGACAGGGCACCCAUCAUCCGCCAUCCUGAUAACUUGUUUCCCGAAGGCGAUUUUCCAGACAGGGAACGCCACCCCUUCCAACCUGCUGAAAGAAGGACACCUAUUAAACCCGACGAUAAUCUACGUCCUGAAGGAGAAAUCGACAUGCGGCCUAAAAAUGAUUUCCUUCCGAAACGCGCUGACCGGCCAGACGUGAAACGACCAGAAGAUAACCUGCGGCCAGAAGGUCCUUUCGAAGGAAGACCUAAGGACGACUUCAAGCCGACUCGCGGGGAACGAGCAGAUAUUCGAAGACCCGAAGACAACCUAAGACCAGAAGGUCCUUUCGAAGGCCGUCCCAAGGAUGACUUCUCACCAAAACGAGCGGAACGUCCUCAGGUGAAAAAACCGCAGGACAACUUGAAGCCCGAAGGACCCUUCGAGGGCCGUCCUAAGGAUGACUUCUCACCGAAACGCGGAGAACGUCCUGAGGCGAAGAAACCGCAGGAUAAUCUGAAGCCUGAAGGAGAGUUUGUAGAUCGUCCGAAGGAACGAUUCACUCCUGCGGAGCGGCGAACGCCCAUCAAACAUGCGGACAACCUUUAUCCUGAAGGCGAUUUUGACAGACCAACACCUGAAUCCUAUGGUCCUGGUGACAGGGCAUCCAUCGUGAGACAUCCUGACAAUCUGUUCCCCGAAGGAGAAUUCGCGGACAGGGAGAGAACUCCUUAUAAACCUGCGGAGCGAAGAACUCCGAUAAAGCAUGACGACAACCUGAGACCCGAAGGUGAAUUCGAGAGACCCGAGAAGGCACCUGUUCGUCCUGCGGAAAAAAGGACUCCUAUCAAGCACCCUGAUAAUUUGAAACCCGAAGGUGAUUUCGUGGGAAAGCCUAAGGACGACUACAGACCAACUAAAGGAGAGCGUGCCGACGUGAAGAGACCCGAAGAUAACCUGAAACCCGAAGGACCAUUCGAGGGUCGUCCUAAGGACGAUUACAAACCUGUGAGAGGGGAUCGAGUUGAUGUUAUUAGACGCACGGAUAAUUUGAGAAUGGAGGGCGACAUCGAGACCUAUCGAUCUAGAGACGACUAUACCGAGUUCUUGCACAGGGAACGAGUCGAGGUCACCAAGCAGCAGGACAACCUGAGGAUGGAGGGUGAAUUCAUCGACAUGAGGACUCGCGAUGACUACCGUGUUGUAAAAGGAGAUAGGGUGGAGGUUAUCAAACAUCCUGAUAAUCUGAGACCGGAAGGACCCUUCGAAGGGCGACCAAAGGAUGACUACUCCCCGAAGAAGGCGGACAGACCUCAAAUUAGGAAACCCGAGGACAACCUCAAGCCCGAAGGGGAGUUCGAGAGACCAGAGACGAAACCAGUUGGUCCAGCCGAGAGACGUACUCCGAUUAAGCACGAUGAUAACCUGAAACCUGAAGGUGAAUUUGCAAGAAGGCCGAAGGAGGAGGCGCCGAGAAUGGGCGAAAGGGCAGACGUGAAGAAGCCAAAGGACAAUUUAAGACCAGAAGGAGACUUCGAGAGGCCAGAGAAGAAACCUGUCGGUCCAGCGGAGAGAAGAACUCCGAUUAAGCAUGCCGAUAACCUGAAACCUGAAGGGGAGUUCGAGAGGCCACACCAUGAAGAAUUCAGACCUGCUGAGAGGCCGAAGGUGACGAAACCGCAGGAUAACUUGAAGCCUGAGGGAGAAUUUGAAAGACCACACCAUGAAGAGUUCAGACCUGCUGAGAGGCCGAAGGUGACAAAACCGCGGGACAACUUGAAGCCUGAGGGUGAAUUUGAGAGGCCACACCAUGAAGAGUUCAGACCUGCUGAGAGGCCGAAGGUGACAAAACCGCAGGAUAACUUGAAGCCGGAGGGUGAAUUUGAAAGGCCACACCAUGAAGAGUUCAGACCUGCUGAGAGGCCGAAGGUGACAAAACCGCAGGAUAAUUUGAAGCCGGAGGGUGAAUUUGAGAGGCCACACCAUGAAGUGUUCAGACCUGCUGAGAGACCGAAGGCGACGAAACCGCGGGACAACUUGAAGCCUGAGGGAGAAUUUACGGGUCGUCCAAAGGAAGAGGCGCCGAAGAGAGGAGAAAGAGCGGAGGUGAAGAAGCCGAGGGAUAACCUGAAGCCGGAGGGAGACUUCGAGAGGCCUGAGAAGACGGUUGUAGGACCUGGAGAAAGAAGGACGCCGAUCAAGCACGCCGACAAUUUGAGGCCAGAAGGAGACUUCAUCGGUCGCCCUAAAGAGGAGGCCCCGAAGAAGGGCGAGAGGGCGGACGUGAAGAGACCGCAGGAUAACUUGAAACCCGAAGGGGACUUCGAGGUACCCCAGAAGAGCCCCGUGGGCCCGGCAGAAAAACGCACGCCCAUAAAACAUCCCGACAACCUGAAACCAGAGGGAGAUUUUGAGCGUCCCAAACAUGAGAAGUUCCGUCCUGCCGAACGUCCAGAGGUGAAGAGACCCACGGACAACCUGAAGCCAGAGGGCGAAUUUGAACGUCCCAAACACGAAGAGUUCCGUCCUGCAGAACGUCCAGAGGUGAAGAGACCUACGGACAACCUGAAGCCAGAAGGCGAGUUCGAGAGGCCGCAUCCGAAGAAGGUCGGACCUGCUGAAAGAAGAACGCCCAUCAAGCAUCCAGACAACCUGAAACCCGAAGGCGAUUUCGUGGGAAAACCUAAGGACGACUUCAAGCCAACUAAAGGAGAGCGUGCUGAUGUGAAGAGGCCUGAAGACAAUCUUAAACCUGAAGGACCGUUCGAGGGUCGCCCUAAGGACGAUUACAAACCUGUGAGAGGGGAUAGGGUGGAUGUAGUUAAACGCACGGAUAAUUUGAAAAUGGAGGGCGACAUCGAGACCUAUCGAUCCAGGGACGACUAUACCGAGUUCUUGCACAGGGAACGAGUCGAGGUCACCAAGCAUCAGGACAACCUGAGGAUGGAGGGUGAAUUCAUCGACAUGAGGACUCGCGAUGACUACAGUGUUGUAAAAGGAGAUAGGGUGGAGGUUAUCAGACAUCCUGAUAAUCUGAGACCGGAAGGACCCUUCGAAGGGCGACCAAAGGAUGACUACUCCCCGAAGAGGGCGGACAGACCCCAGAUCAGAAAACCCGAGGACAACCUCAAGCCCGAAGGGGAAUUCGAGAGACCAGAGACGAAACCAGUUGGUCCAGCCGAGAGACGUACUCCGAUUAAGCACGACGAUAAUCUGAAACCUGAAGGUGAAUUUGCAAGAAGGCCGAAGGAGGAGACGCCGAGAAAGGGCGAAAGGGCAGACGUGAAGAAACCAAAGGACAAUUUAAGACCAGAAGGAGACUUCGAGAGGCCAGAAAAGAAACCUGUCGGUCCAGCGGAGAGAAGAACCCCGAUUAAGCAUGCCGAUAACCUGAAACCUGAAGGGGAGUUCGAGAGGCCACACCAUGAAGAGUUCAGACCUGCCGAGAGGCCGAAGGUGACGAAACCGCAGGAUAACUUGAAACCUGAAGGAGAAUUCACGGGUCGUCCUAAGGAAGAGGCGCCGAAGAGAGGAGAAAGAGCGGAGGUGAAGAAGCCGAAAGAUAAUCUGAAGCCUGAAGGCGACUUUAUAGGUCGUCCUAAGGAGCAAACCCCGAAGAAGGGGGAGAGGGCCGAGGUGAAGAGACCUACGGACAACCUGAAACCAGAAGGCGACUUUGAGAGGCCAGUGAAGUCUCCCGUAGGACCUGCGGAAAGAAGGAGCCCUAUCAAGCACGCUGAUAACCUCCACCCUGAAGGCGACUUCGUUGGUCGUCCCAAAGACGAUUACUCGCCCAAGCGAGCCGAUCGUCCUGUGCAGAAGAAACCGAAGGACAAUUUAAAACCGGAAGGAGAGUUCACAGGGAAGCCGAAAGAGGACUACAGACCCACGAAGGCGGAGAGGACGGAGAUCGUCGUCCACCGAGAUAACCUAAAGAUGGAGGGCGACUUCGAGGUCCACCGAUCACGGGAUGAUUACACGUCCACCAAGGUGGAAAGAGUGGACGUCAUAAGACGAGAGGAUAAUCUCAGGAUCGAAGGCGAAUUCCUGGAUAUCCGUCGUAGAGACGACUAUAGUGUGACUCGUGGAGAGCGCACGAAGAUUGUUCGCCAUGAAGACAACCUUCGUCCAGAGGGCGACUUCGAGAGACCGGAGAAGGUUCCAGUGGGACCAGCUGAGAGGAGAUCACCGAUUAAGCAUCCGGAUAACUUGAAACCUGAAGGGGAAUUUGCAAAACGUCCAAAGGAUCAAACGCCUCUCAAAGGAGACCGCGCGAGUGUGAAGAAGCCAAGAGACAACCUGAAGCCGGAAGGUGAUUUUGAGAGGCCGGAGAAGGCUCCUGUAGGUCCUGCCGAAAGACGCACGCCUAUCAAACAUCCUGAUAAUCUACACCCCGAAGGCGACUUCGCGGGCAGACCGAAGGAAGAGGCUCCAAGAAGAGGAGAAAGGGCGGACGUGAAGAAGCCGAAGGAUAACCUGAAGCCCGAGGGUGACUUCGAGAGGCCUGAGAAGCAUCCUUUGGGUCCUGUGGAGAGACGAUCGCCUAUAAAACAUCCCGAUAAUCUUCAUCCCGAAGGAGACUUCAUGGGCAGGCCCAAGGAAGAUGCUCCAAGGAGAGGAGAGAGGGCGGAGGUGAAGAAGCCGAAGGAUAACUUGAAGCCAGAGGGCGACUUCGAGAGACCCUCUCCGACCAAGGUUGGUCCUGGCGAACGAAGGACUCCCAUUCGCCAUCCGGAUAAUCUGAAGGUCGAAGGUGAAUUUGCCAAGCCCGAAAGAAAAGGAUAUAGUCCUGCCGAGCGGGUGACACCGAAGAGACCUCAGGACAACUUGAAGCCAGAAGGCGACUUCGAGAGGAGGAGUCCUACGAAGGUUGAGCCUGCCGAAAAACGCACGCCAAUCCGACACGAGGACAACCUUCAUCCAGAAGGCGACUUCUACGUGGUUCCAAAGGACGACUUCACACCUAAGAGGGGCGAAAGGGCGCCGAUCAAGAAACCCCGAGACAACCUCAGACCAGAGGGCGAGAUGGAGGUCAGUCCAUCCUCGAAGGACGACUACCGACACGUGAACGGCGAACGCGUGGAAAUUCGACGACGAGAGGAUAACCUGAGGAUGGAGGGCGAGAUGGACGUCCACAGAUCCCGGGACGACUACACGAGGAUCUCGAAGAUCGAACGAGUGGACGUCAAGAGGCGCGAGGAUAACCUGAGGAUUGAAGGUGAAUAUAUCGACGUGAGGAGGAGGGACGACUACAACCACGUCACCGGGGAACGGGCGGUGGUGAAGAAGCAUCAGGACAACCUCCGUCCAGAGGGAGACUUUGAGCGGCCCGAGAAGAGUCCCGCGGGUCCUGGAGAACGAAGAUCUCCGAUUAAGCAUCCCGAUAAUCUGAGACCAGAGGGCGACUUCCAGGGAAGGACGCCGGAGAAGGUGGCGCCUGGAGAACGUCGUUCUCCGAUUCGUCAUCCCGAUAACCUUAAACCGGAAGGGGAGUUCACGGGUCGUCCCAGGGACGAUUUCACUCCCAAGAGGACGGACAGGACCGAGGUCGUUCGUAGGGAAGACAACCUGAAGAUGACCGGCGACUUCCAGAGCACCACCUCCCAGAAGUCAACCUACACCGUCGUUCGUGGAGAACGCGCCGAGAUCAAACGGCACGAGGACAAUCUGAGGAUCAGCUCCGAGGCAAUGGAGUCGAAGACCACCUCGAAGGACUCCUUCACUCCCACUAAAAAGGAACCGUCUCCCGCGGACAAACCGGUGAAUCGCAGACGACACAUGGAGUCGUCCAUCUCCCUGGGCAGCGACACCACCCAGAUGACGACCACCAACCAGAGCAACUACAACACCUACACAAAGCGCACUGGGAAGGAAGUCGUGGCCAGGAUCAACGACGUGCAAUCGGACAGGAGCGUGGAAUCGAAGGUGGUGGAUGGUUCCCAGGUGACCACCACAAAGACCACCAAGGCUACCCAUGCUGCCCAGCGAUCCUCUCAGCAGCAAUAUUUCGCCCAACACGUGGCCACCGAUCGACGUCCCAUCGACGCUGGGGAACCAGCUCCUUCGGGACCUCUUCAGCAGCCUGAUCUGCUGCGACAGGAGAUCAGCUCCAGGAAGUCGACCACAAUUCAGGAGAACCAGCGUCGAGAACAGCAGUACAGGACGCACAGCGAACAUCUCAGGUCGCAGAGCAGCUCCCAGGUGCGACAAGUGAGCGACAGAUCGAUCGACGAUCGUCGGGACUAUCAGGACUCGAAAGACGUGCAGAAAUACCAAGAAGGGACUAAAAGGGAUUACGUGAACUCCCAGCACGUAGAGAGCAGGCAGAGCAAGCAGUCUUCCCAGCUCACCAGGCACACGAUAUCCAGCCAGGCGAGGUACAACAGCACCCAAUCCAGCAGUGCGGAAUUCCGACAAGCGAUCAGUGGACAGUCUGCGGAGCAACGGGUCGAGGACUCGUCCCUGGGGAAGACCAGUCAUCACAGGAAGAACGUCAUAUCCUCGUCCUCGGCGGACGUGAACAACUCCGUUCUCCACAGACGAGGAGUCACCACGUCCACGGAGGCGCUACACACGAUCUCCUCGACGGCUGCCGAUCAGAGGAAAAGCAUCUCGAAUCUCGCCGAAUCCGGCCAGUUUAUCAGCAACUCCAGUCAGAGCGUCGACAGACGCAGCUUGACUUCUUUGCACAGGAACAGCAAGGAUGGGAAUCCUUGGGCGUCCGCGACCUACGAGAGGCCACAGAGAGUCGUCAGACAAGACAACUUGACGGUCGGUGGGAAGUUUUAUUCCCAGAGCGAGGCCAAGAAUUAUGGAAACUUCACGUCCCAGAGGGUCGAACGGGUUCAUAGACAGGGGAAUGUGUCGCAUAUUAAUCUGGGGAACGAAUCCGUUGUUGCGUCCAGCUCUUAUAAGAAGGAGUUCGUUCCCAGGGCCAAGGGACCUUGCCCUGCGGCGCUGAUAGAGACCAAGCAGGCUCCUUUCAAGCACACCAGGGAUUCUACAAAACACAAGUUCUAUAUGCCGGUUGUCUCCAACUGAAGCUUCUAAAUUGUCCUGGGGUGGAGGUGAACGCCUUCUCGGUACAUAGAGACGACGCCAUGUCUGCAGGAAAGUCGUUCACGUUCGCCAGGACGUACAAUGGCGGACGAGAAUGCCUCCUUGCUGAUGGACCGCGAAAGGGACGGAAAUAACGUUCACCUCCGUCAUUUACGUCCAAUUUCUGCACCAGAAAUGACUGCAGGUGCAGAAAUUGCUUGUCUUGACACAGACUUCACUUGUAACUACGACUGUGAUAUACACGAUGUCGGUAGGUUUUCUUCGUGACUAUCAUGAACGUAUGCACGGACUCGAACUCGUCAGCUUCUGACUUGAAGAGGUUCGAAACCAGAUUUGUAAUACUCCAGUUUUAAUUUCUCCGUUUCUUUUUCUUUUUAUACGUCUCGUGCAUACCUUGGGAAUUGUUUUCACGGGGUUAUGUGAAAGAUACGUUGAUUUUUAGCACGAGGUCCAUUGUUUGUAGGGUAGGGGUCGAUCGUACUAUCAGCGAUAGGGAUCGAUGAAUUUCAGUUAACUGCAUUUUUAUCGAUGCAUUUGUCCCGCGCUUUUAUGAUAUCGACGUUGUACGUGGAUGCUGAAAUUAAUUUAGAAAGCAUUUAGGUAUUCGAUGGAAUUCCAAGGUUGGACAUUUUCGUACUUGCGACCUGGUGCAGAUUUGCUGCUACGUAAACGCCGCGGUUGUCGGUAAUGUUUAUAGGUGUUUGAACUAAUGGAGUUUCAGAUGGAGUUAUCGUUGUUUUACGUAUUAGAUCACGUGUAUUACAAAGCAAUAACUAGAGCUUAAAUCCGUGAUAAGGUCGAAACUGAGGCAAAGUGUCAGGUUUCGGCCCGAGUCCUAGCUUAAGAGAGACCUUGUAGCUUUCGAUCAGGAUCUUCGAGGACCAUUAUAUCGUGCCACCCGCUAUGCAAUUAUACAUUUGCAAUUAUUAUACAUUUGCAGCAUUGUACUCCGCUCUCGGUUCCACUCGUCGAACCAAUUAACCAUUACGUUACGAGUAUUUACCUGCGAUAUUAAUUUUGUUGUGGCUUACCUGUUUUUCCUUUUUUUUUACUUAGACUUUAGUUAUUAUAUUUAUUUUCACCCUUGCGGUGAAUAUUACGGUCGAUUAUUAUCAAUUCCGAGGUCGAUUAACACGCUUUUGUUUAUUUACCUGGUUUAUGUUACUUACUCCUGAGAAAUAAAAAUGAAAAAUUGCACAAUGCGA